AUGAACUCCAAAUCAACUUCUGCUAAGGCUCUUGCCAUCACGAAGCCAGAGGUGACUGAAGAGAAGUCCUCUAGCGACGAGACAAUCCUCAUGAGUGCCGAGAGCCUGAGGACCUAUAUCAAGAUCGGGGAUCUUGAUCACAAGCAAACUGCUAAGAAGACAGGACCGCAAACUAUUCCUCGGGAGCUACGUUUAAUCAAGACCAGUGUUCCGUACCGAAAAGAGGAAUAA